AUGACAGUAGCAAGAAACAAAACGACAUCAGUAUGCACAUUUGUUUCGCUUCAGGACAUUGUUGUUGGGGUCCGACGUGUCCGAAGUGACGGUCCCUGGUCGAACCAACUUACAAGCAACCCAAGCUCCAGAUACAAGAAACGCCAAGGCCCCCGAGUCCGUUUUCCCCCUUUCCUUGGCUAG